AAUAGGCUAUUCUGUCCAAAGUGGGAUUAAAAAAACAAGUGACAGGAUGCAAUUUAUGCUUUACCUGACACUCUUAGGUGUACUUAGCACCACCAUGGGGAUGAAUGAAACCACGAGGCGCCAAGCCAACGUAACAGAAGAGGGAGAAGUACAGCAAUGCUCAAACUGCGAGUUCAGAGAACAGAGCAGACUAAUGAGACUCCACAACAUCAGAUCCCAAAUUCUCAGCAUUCUGAGGCUGGAGCAGGCUCCAAACAUCAGCCGAGAAAUGAUCAGGCAGCUCUUACCGAAAGCGCCUCCCUUGACACAACUUAUAGACCAGUAUGAGCAUCGUGUGGAGGAUGAGGAGCGUGCCACCACUGAAACGAUCAUAACCAUGGCAAAACCUGGACCAAUGUCACAACAAGACGGAAUACCAUCUUGUUGUUUCUUCAAUCUCAGUCCGAAGAUUCGACCUAACAACAUUUUACAUGCACAACUUUGGGUGCACCUGCGACCAGCUGACACCGUCACAACUGUCUUCUUGCAAAUCUCCCGCAUAAAAGCAACCACUGAGGGAAACUCACGCAUACGGAUCCUCUCCCUGAAGAUCGACGUGGCUUCUGGUGCAAGCUCUUGGCAAAGUGUAGACAUCAAUCAAUUACUCAAAACCUGGCUUCGUCAGCCAGAAACUCAUUAUGGUCUCGAGAUCAAAGCUUAUGAUUCGAAAGGGCAGGACUUGGCUGUCACGGUAGCUGAGCUGGGAGAAGAGGGACUGCAACCCUUCAUGGAGGUGAAGAUAUUGGAGAGCCUAAAACGUUCCCGGAGGGCCUCAGGCCUGGACUGUGAUCAAGAGUCCUCAGAGUCGCGGUGCUGCCGCUACCCCCUCACCGUUGACUUUGAGGCCUUUGGGUGGGACUGGAUCAUUGCCCCCAAACGCUACAAGGCCAACUACUGUUCUGGAGAGUGUGAGUACAUGCACCUCCAGAAGUACCCCCACACUCACCUGGUGAACAAGGCUAACCCCCGGGGCACCACAGGGCCCUGUUGUACUCCAACUAAGAUGUCCCCCAUCAACAUGCUCUACUUCAAUCGCAUGGAGCAGAUCAUUUAUGGAAAGAUACCAUCUAUGGUGGUGGACCACUGUGGCUGCUCCUGAGAGGGAGGAUGAGAGGACUGGACAACACACGCAUGCACACACACACACACACACACACACACACACACACACACACACACACACACACACACACACACACACACACAGACACAGUGUUGUGUAAUGAGUUAAAAAGUCAUCCCAAAGUGAACCCUCUUAGAAGAAUCCAUAAUAUUUUUGCAUAAAAGGCUACAAGAGACAUGUGGAGUUUGAAAAACAUGAACCCUUUGCUCUGAGUGAGGACAUGAACUGCCCAUACUCUCCCCCCUGAGGUUCGUUCCGCAAUGUGGCUGGAACUGCUAUAAACAUUUAAGGACACAUAACACAAUUGUCAUUGGAGUGCAAAACCUGCACUGAAACAGAUGUCCCCAAUAUUGUGGAUCACAGGAUUUUGGAACAGCUUGGUGGUCCUCAGAACACAGUGUCACAUACAGAACUAUUAUAUUAGCCUACAUUGAUUGAAACCAAAAAUGACAUGUUCCUUAUGUAGCUAAAUGUUUUAGGCCUAUAGUCAUAUUAUAUUGUGAUCAGUUUAGCCUACAGCUCAUGAUAGGAAUAUUAUGUUUUGCAUUAGAGCUUCCCUAGUACUAUGUCAACUCAAAUAUAUUUUUAUUUGUCACAUGCGCUGAAUAUUACUCUACUGUUGGAGCUAGGAAAAGAAGCAUUUCGCUACACCCGCAAUAACAUCUGCUAAAUAUGUGUAUGUGACCAAUAUUUGUAUUUUAUUUACUGUGUGUAAACUUUAAUGUGAAAUGCUUGCUUACAAGCCCUUCCCUAUGAUGCAUGAGUUUCCAAAUAAUAAUACAAAAUAACAUAGUAACACAAGAAAUAAAAUAAAAUAAACAAGAAUGGAGCUAUUUACAGAGAGUACCAGAUUAAUGUGCAGUGGUACAAAGUAUUUCAGGUAGAUAUGUAAACUCAGCAAAAACAGAAAUGUCCUCUCACUGUCAACUGCGUUAAUUUUCAGCAAACUUAACAUGUGUAAAUAUUUGUAUGAACAUAACAAGAUUCAACAACU